UGUAGAUAAAAGUCAGAGACUUUAAAGAGGCCAGAAACAUCAUCUGCUUCAUUAUUCUUCUGCAACUCGUUUCUCUUUUAAGAACCCAAGAACAAGACAAAAGACAAGAGUCGGAGGAGACAUGGAGAAUCUGGUGGGACUUCUCAGAAUCAGAGUGAAGAGAGGGAUUAAUCUUGUUAGUCGUGAUUCUAAUACCAGCGACCCUUUCGUCGUCGUUACCAUGGGUUCUCAGAAAUUGAAGACUCGUGGUGUGGAAAAUAGCUGCAACCCUGAGUGGGACGAUGAAUUGACGCUUGGAAUCAAUGAUCCUAAUCAACCUGUGAUUCUCGAAGUGUUUGAUAAGGAUACAUUCACUUCGCAUGACACGAUGGGAGAUGCGGAAAUAGACAUCAAGCCGUUUUUCGAGGCUCAAGGAACGGAUAUUCAAGAACUCUCUGAUGGAACCGAGAUACAUAGAGUGAAGCCGAGUGGAGACAACUGCUUGGCUGAAGAGAGUAGAAUCAUCUUCAGUAAUGGAAAGAUUGUACAAGACAUGAUUCUAAAGCUGAGAAAUGUAGAAAGUGGUGAGGUUGAGAUUCAAGUCGAGUGGAUCGAUGUUUCUGGUUCAAGCGAUCUUUGAAGGAGAAAUGUAUAUAGCAAGUUUCUUGAAUUGUUUUUUUUUUUUCUGAUUGUAAUAAGGCAGCGAUGAUGUCAAUGUACUCAUACCUUACUCAAAAUGUUACAACUUGCAUAUGUACACACAAAUAGGCUUACGUCGAACUCUUUGGACAUUGAUAUAAAGAACUGAAACAGAGUUUCAAUUAUUA